AAAAAUUUGUCCGUUAAUAUUUUGGGGGCUUUUUUUUUGUUCCCUCAGAACGCCAGGGUUUAGCCUCUUCAUCUCUCAGACUCCCUCCGUCUCUCUCUGUCUCAUGGCGACACUCUGCUCUGCUUCACUCACGGACCCACCAGUCCCAUACCCAAAAUAGAGAGCCCUCAAGCCCUCGGCGUAUUCACAGGUUUACCACCAAGGGCACCAAGACGGCACCUUGUUGUAUAAGCAGCUGCGGAAGCAAGCUGGGCAGAGUUGGGAGAGUGAUGUCUCUGGGUUUGUCUACCCAAACCGGUCCCCUGAGACCGUCUCGCCCCUCCUAUCCCUUCUUUUCCCGGUCUUGUUCCCGCCCUUCUUCUUGGUCCCUCUUGGCUUCCUCUAAAGCCCUGGACAGUCGAGGAGGGUGGACAAUCCAGAAUAACAAGAAUUACCGGACGAUGUCUCAUUGUUGGAGGCUUAUGUGUCUUACAAAUUCAGCUAAGAUGGUAUCUUACCCCAGAGAUCAGGAUUAUUCUAAUGGAAGUAUCUUAGAACAACCAAUUAUUUACUCUCGAAGUGUAGAUAAAGAAGGGGCAAAGGUUUCAAGAAAUUUUAGUGUACCACAAGUUCAGGAGUUUGGGGGUAGUAAUCCUAAAGGACCUAGUGCUUUUGUUUCAUCUUGUGAAUGUACAGAGCCUAGUGGCAUUGGGGAAUGGAAAGAAGCAAUGAAAAUUAUCAGGGAAGCUGUGAAAAAAGGUAGUAAUCCACCACGUAGAACUAGUAGUCGAGCAAGUUCUACAGAUGUUGGAUGGCAGUCUACUGAUCAUGCUGCACCUGUUUCAGCUUCAAAACCAGCUUCUGCUACACCUUAUGGCCCAGCUUCCACUGAACUAAACUGUAGAGGAGACAGAAAUAUAGCUGUGAAAGAUGUAAAUGGUAGGCAAGGUAUAUAUUCAACAGACAAUGUAAGAAUAGUUUCCCAGCCCAGUGUGUCCACAUCAAGGAAAUUGGAGGAAAUAAAAGAAACAAGUUUUGAAGUUAAUGUGAAUGGUCUCAACCUUGAUCAGUCAAGGCCAGGUCUAUGUUCAACAGACAAUUCACAAAAGGUUGCCCAGCCCAGUGUGUCGACCGAUGGUUUAGUCAAAACCUCCACUAGUAAUGAGGCAUCUUGCCAGCCAGAUCUUCAUGAGAGGCUUAAUAGCAUCUAUGACAGUGUUCUUGUUGUUGAUAAUGUCACCAUAGCAAAGGAGGUUGUCCAGAUGCUUACAAAUAAGUACAGACAUCUUGUCCAUGCAUGCGACACUGAGGUUGCAAAGAUAGAUGUGAAGCAAGAAACGCCUGUUGAUCAUGGGGAAAUUAUAUGCUUCAGUAUAUAUUCUGGACCAGAAGCAGAUCUUGGAAAUGGGAAGUCCUGUGUGUGGGUUGAUGUUCUUGAUGGUGGUGGCAGGGAUCUUUUGGAUGAAUUUGCUCCAUUCUUUGAAGACCCAUCCAUCAAAAAGGUUUGGCACAACUAUAGCUUUGAUAACCAUGUUAUUGAGAACUAUGGGCUUAGGCUUUCCGGUUUUCAUGCUGACACAAUGCAUAUGGCACGGUUGUGGGAUUCAUCGAGAAGAACCGAGGGUGGGUAUUCUCUUGAAGCACUUACUGGCAAUAAAAGGGUUAUGGAUUGCCCUGAAGCAGAGUUGUUUGGUAAAGUCUCAAUGAAAACCAUCUUUGGUAGGAGAAAAAUUAAAAAAGAUGGAUCUGCAGGCAAAAUGAUCACCAUUUCUCCGGUUGAAGAGCUACAAAGAGAAGAGCGGAAAUCAUGGAUUUGUUAUUCUGUCUUAGAUGCAAAAAGCACACUAAAGCUUUAUGAGAGCUUGAAAUGCAAACUAUUGAAUAUGCCAUGGGUACUUGAUAGGAAACAAGUUUCUGGAAAAUCCAUGUUUGAUUUCUACGAGGAGUACUGGCGACCAUUUGGUGAGCUUUUGGUUAAAAUGGAAACUGAGGGAAUGCUAGUUGAUCGGGCAUAUCUCGCUGAGGUGGAGAAGGUAGCCAAAGCAGAGCAAGUGGUUGCUGCCAAUAGAUUUCGCAACUGGGCGUCUAGCUAUUGCCCUGGUGCCAAGGACAUGAAUGUGGGAAGUGAUACACAACUACGCCAGCUCUUUUUUGGUGGCAUAGCGAACAGAAAGGAUCCCAAUGAGUUUCUUCCAGAUGAGCGGAUUUUCAAAGUUCCUAAUGUUGAUAAAGUGAUUGAAGAUGGCAAGAAGACUCCCACCAAAUUUCGCGAUAUUAAGCUGCAUAGGAUCCCUGAUGCUCCCCUGCCAAUUGACACGUUCACAGCAACUGGUUGGCCUUCAGUUAGUGGUGAUGCUUUGAAGACGCUGGCUGGAAAGGUUUCUGCAGAAUAUGAUUUUAUGGAUGGCGCUUCUGACCAGCAAUUAGAUGACAAUGUUGAAAAUGCUUCUGAAAAUGAAGUUUCAGAAAAACAAAAAUCAACUGGUGAUGUCGACAAAUCUGUUUAUGGAACAGCUUUUCAGGCUUUUAAAGAAGAAGAGAAGGGGAGGGAGGCUUGUCAUGCCAUUGCUGCUUUAUGUGAAGUUUGCUCCAUCGACUCCUUGAUAUCCAACUUCAUUCUCCCCUUGCAGGGAAGUAAUAUAUCGGGCAGUAAUGGGCGUAUUCAUUGUUCAUUAAAUAUCAACACAGAAACUGGGCGCUUAUCAGCUAGGAGACCAAAUUUACAGAAUCAACCUGCCUUAGAGAAGGACCGGUAUAAGAUCCGUCAGGCAUUCAUAGCUGCACCUGGGAAUUCCCUUAUUGUUGCAGAUUACGGGCAACUGGAACUUCGGAUUCUUGCGCAUCUUGCGAGUUGUAAGAGCAUGCUAGAUGCCUUUAGAGCUGGUGGAGAUUUCCAUUCAAGGACUGCAAUGAACAUGUACCCAUACAUUCGUGAAGCAAUUGACAAAAAGGAAGUGCUUCUUGAGUGGUAUCCUCAACCUGGUGAAGAGAAACCCCCAGUUCCGCUAUUAAAGGAUGCCUUUGCUUCUGAAAGAAGGAAAGCUAAAAUGCUCAACUUUUCCAUUGCAUAUGGAAAAACUCCAAUGGGGCUUGCCCGGGAUUGGAAGGUUUCUGUUGAGGAAGCAAAGGAAACAGUUGAUCUGUGGUACAGUGAUAGGAAAGAGGUGCUGACCUGGCAAAAAAGGCGUAAAAAAGAGGCCCGUGAAAAACAGUUUGUGCGCACAUUGCUAGGGCGUGCCCGCCGGUUCCCUUCGGUGGCCAAUGUUUCCACCUAUCAGAAAGGUCACAUUGAGCGAGCUGCUAUCAACACCCCAGUGCAGGGUAGCGCUGCUGAUGUUGCCAUGUGUGCCAUGUUAGAAAUAUCAAAAAAUGUACGGUUGAAGGAGCUUGGGUGGAAGCUACUUUUACAGGUUCAUGAUGAAGUAAUCUUGGAAGGACCAACAGAGACAGCUGAAGUUGCGAAGGCCAUAGUUGUCGACUGUAUGGCUAAACCCUUCAAUGGCAAGAACUUCCUUCAAGUUGACCUGUCAGUUGAUGCCAAGUGUGCUCAAAACUGGUAUUCUGCCAAGUAGCCUAUUGCAACGAUGAUGGUGGAUUUUGGUUCAAAAUUCUGUAGUGACAGUACUUUUGCCCAUCGAGGAUGGAGUUCUGUGCUAGCAACGUGAACAUUAUCUUUGCCAGUGAUACAUUUGCAACCAGCUUGAAAGGUUUUUAUUUAUUUAUUUAUUUUUAUUUUCCCUUGGAAGUCAGGCUUCAUCAUAUUGGGCAGAUGCAAAAUUUUCUGACAUCUUUGAUGUUGCGGUGUUCCUGGUUCAGCCGGGGGUUGAGGAUGUAAGGAAGACGUAACUUCGGCCGCCCCGUGAUUCUUGUGAGGUAGGGCACUAGUGAGAAAUGUGCUCUGUCGCUGUAUAUAGGAAUUCUUACUUUUUUUAGUCGGUCGUUUCCUUGUAACUGUUUAGGUGUUGGCAGAUUCAAUGUUUCUGCACAGAAAUCAAAGCCUAACUCCAUGUUCCAAGCUUUUUUGUUUUUAUUUAUUUAUUUUGUUUUUGUUUUAA